AUGUCCAGGGAAAAUCAAACCAGUGUUACCGAAUUUAUUAUUCUUGGCUUCACAAGUUCACCUCAGGUCCAACUGGCCAUCAGUAUUAUAUUUCUUCUCAUAUAUUUAGUUACAUUAUUUGGAAAUGGCAUUAUCCUCCUUCUCAUCAACACCGACCCCAGCCUCCAUACACCAAUGUAUUUUUUCCUGAGGAACCUUUCUUUCAUUGAAGUCUGCUAUGUAUCUGUAAUCAUCCCUAAGCUCCUGGCUAAUUAUUUCUCAGGAUAUGGCAGAAUCUCAUUUACAGGUUGUGCCACUCAGAUGUACUUUUUCCUGUUCUUGGGUACUGCUGAGUGUUAUCUUCUAGCAGUCAUGGCUUAUGACCGUUAUGUUGCUGUCUGUGACCCUUUGCACUACUCAGCCAUAAUGAGUAAGAAUGCCUGCACCAAAAUGGUGGCUGGAACUUGGGUUAGUGGAAUUCUUUUGUCUAUGGGAAAUACAAGUUUUAUCUUCAGUCUGCCCUAUUGUGGACCCAAUGUCAUUGACCAUUUUUUCUGUGACACUCCACCAGUAGUGUCUCUAGCAUGCACGGACACCUCUAUGGUGGAAACGGACCUUUUUGCAUAUACUGUGUUGGUUGUUAUUGUGUCCUUUAUCAUUGUGUUGAUUUCAUAUUCACGUAUUAUUUUUGCCAUAUUACAUAUCAAAUCCACGGCUGGGCGUCAGAAGGCUUUCUCCACCUGUGCUUCCCACAUCACCUCUGUGUGCCUUUUUUUCGGGACAGGGACAUUCAUGUAUCUCAGACCAAAAUCCAGCCACUCCCCACAAAGUGACAAAAUUAUUGCUUUGUUGUAUAGUGUCAUCACCCCAUUACUCAAUCCAAUGAUCUAUAGUCUCAGAAAUCAGGAGAUAAAAAGUUCCCUUAUGAAACUGAUAAAUAAAAGGAUUUUGGCUAGUAGUUCCUAA